UUUGGUUUAUUUAGUCUUAACACAACAACGCCUUUUCUCUGACUUAUCUGACUCUCCACCACAGUCCCCCCCACUCUCUCUUCUUCCCUUUUGCUUUCCCAUAAUUAAACAUCGAUACCCAUCAUCUCUAUCACUCUCUCUUUCCAUUAUCACUUCUCUAUUUGUACAAAGAAACCAACCCACAAGCUGGUUUUGUCUUGAGAUGAUAAUCAACCAACCAUUCAGGGGAAUAGCACUAGUUAGCCAGAUGUUUGUUUCCAGUUUCUAAGCAGUGCUCUCAUUCAUUCUUGAUUUCCACUAGCUAGCUUGGCAGCAGCAGCAGCAGUUGAAAACAUCUUGUUUCAACUGACUCAAUCUGGCUACUGCUCAGAAACUAUAAAUGUGAAGUAUCUCCUUGUGGUAUUAAGUAAAAUCAUCAAAGAAAGAUGAAACCAAUUAUUGAUCUUGAAGUUGAAGCCACCUCAGAAAAUGUUUCUGAAGUUAGCAGCCAAGUAGCUUCCAACUUAUCAAACCAAGAAACUUCUGCAGCCCCCUCCAAUGACAGCCUCACUAACUAUUCCUAUCUCACAAAUGCCAUAGCAACUCAAUCUGGUUCGGAAAUGGUUUCCCUUGACUUAACCCUUUGCUUCAAUAAUGAUGAGUUAGGUGGAAGGGACCCAGUGGGACUCUCAUUGUCAAGCACAAGUGAGAGUAGCAAUGAACCUGCAUCACGUACUACAGCUGAAGCAAUACCACGAGUAUUUUCUUGCAAUUACUGUCAGCGCAAAUUCUUCAGCUCUCAGGCACUUGGUGGACACCAAAACGCUCAUAAGAGAGAGAGAACAUUAGCUAAGCGUGCAAUAAGAAUGGGUAUUUUCUCGGAAAGGUAUGCCAGCCUAGCAUCGUUGCCUCUACAUGGAUCCUCAUUCCGAUCCCUAGGGAUAGAGGCACAUUCUUCAGUGCACCAAAACUUUGCACCACCAGUAAGGUCACUAGAAAUAAGCAGCAGUGCAAGAUUUGAUCAAGGUUAUGCAGGUCUGCCAGUAUUCAUGGAGGAUGAUGAGGCAGAGUUGUUAUGGCCAGGUAGUUUUCGACAGGUAGCUGUGUCAGACGAUGCUCAUCAAAGUUUUGUAGUCGCAGGAAGUUCAAACAUGAUUUUUUUGGGGGCAACUCCACCAGUGAACUUAGAUGAUUCUGCGCCAGAUCUCACACUAAAACUUUGAGAACAUUGGUUGCAGUAUUUAUGCUCCGAUAUUAUCUCUUGUAUAGCAAGUUGUGCAAUGGACCAUGGCUGAACUUUUAUAUUCCCUGUUAAGAAUUUGUAUGUCAGUGUAUAAGAGCUUCACAGAGAUUAUUCUGGAGCUUCUUCGUUUGUUAUAUCUAUGUGAUUGAUCCUUUUAAUUUGCUGUAA